UAUUGGAUUAAAAAGUUCAAAACAAUUGAUUUGUUAAUAAUUCAUCCAAAAUUUUAAGUUUAUCUUUCUAUUUAUUCAAAUUUUAUAAUAUGUAUAGGGUUCCAAACGUUUGUAAGUUCUGCAACAUUAUCUCAUUAUUAAAAACUGGUAAUUUAAGAGAAAAACUAUUUAGAUCAAGAACCACGCAAAACUUACCAAAUAGUAUAUUUAACUAUAAAAAUUACAGUACAUUUAUAUAUUUAGAGCAACCACGUAAACAUGAAAAGGAAUUUACACAAGAUGUGGAACUAAUGAGCGACGUUGAUGAUAAUUUUGUAUCUAUGUUAAUGGAAGCUAAUAAGCGAGUAACUCCGAAUGGUGGUAGUGUGUAUGAACUUAAUUGUAGCAAAUCAAAGAAACAAAAACGAAUUUUAUUUAAUGUUAUUAAAGCGUAUACUAAAGAAUAUUACAUAAAGCACGUUGUGGGAAUUCCCGAUGACUUGCAGCCAUCAUGCAGUCCCAUUUCGGAUGGUGGGGAAAAACAUUUGGUUUGGACUUUCUUUAAGAGAUAAAAAAAAAUGGGAUAAAUGUAAUAAAUGCAAAAGUAAUGUUCCUGUGAUUAUUCUCAGACACAAAGAUGUUUAUUGUAAGGAAUGUUUUUUAAGUGGAGCAGCUCACAAGUUUAAAGCAUUCAUAGGCAAAAAUCACUUGGUUAAAAAAAAUGAUUUUGUACUUGUUUGCUUUAGAAGUGGUCAUUCGAGUGUUUCACUAUUACACAUGUUAAGGUCAGCGCUUGAUUUACAAACACCAAAAAAAUUAAAGCUCCGACCUAUAGUUAUUUAUAUAGCAAAAGCUACAUGUGAACCACAAUUUUUAAAGGAAAUUGAGGAUGUGGUUUGCAGCUUCAAUUUUCCAUUGUACUUUAUUUCAUUUAAUCAAUAUAUAAGCAAUGGGCAAGAAUUAGAUAAAGUACUAUUUGCAAAUUUUAGACAAAUGUUGGAAAAUUACCCACAAAUUAACUCGUUCAAAAGAACCAAUAAUCCAACAGCUACACAAACAUUGGAAAGAAUAUAUGAGCAACAGCUUUUAACUGAAGUAGCAAAACAUUUAAAUUGCAGUAUAGUUUUCGUUCCUGAUAUUUCACUAAAUGUUGCAACAAACUUACUUACAAGUAUUUCAUUAGGGAGGGGUGCUUAUUUACCUCUUGAUACAGGUAUUUGUGACACUAGAGAUCCCCAGAUAACUAUUGUAAGACCCCUAAGGCAUUUUGAUGAUAAAGAGCUAGCCUUUUAUAAUGUAUAUAACAAAUUAAAACUUGUUGUAUCUCCCAAUGAAAUAAAGAAGUUCAAUAACACAAGUGUGCAAGACUUAAUAGAUACAUUUGUGAGUAAUUUGCAAUUGAAUUAUCCUGCCACUAUUACUACGGUUGUUAGAACUGGUGAUAAGCUUGCAUUGGAUAAAACAGUUUUAAAAAGCAAAGCAUGCAAUUUAUGUAAGGCUCCAUUACUUAAUAAUACUUCAGAAGAAUUAAAUUCUGCCACUGCAACUGAUUUUUCACGUUGGAUAUCAGCACAACUUCAAAUUUUUAAAAAAGACGAAAGUUUCAACGAAUUUGAAAUCAAGCAGCGUGAAUUAUAUUGCUAUGCCUGCAGUAAAAUUAUUGAAUUUGUAGAAAAAUAACUAAUAAUUAAAAUACUAUGGUACUUAUUUUC